AGUUUGUCAUACAUCUAUAUCCCCCAGGAGGCCGCCCAGGCCCUGAUCUAUGCCGGCAUGGCGGGGUCCAAGCUGGAGGGGAUCCCAGACAAGGUGAACGAGUACCUGGACCGGGUCCAGGCGCUCCACAACGCAGUGCAGGCCCGGCAGAGCGACCCCCUGAAGAGCCGGCAUCAGGUGGGCCUGGAGCGCGCUCACUUCCUGGUGACUGAGGCCUUCAGGGAGGACGAGCAGCGCAACGCCGGGGAGGCGGUGGAGCUGUACACACAGGCGGUGGAGCUGUGCAUAGACACGUCCAAUGAGACCUCUGACCCGGCGCUGCAGAUGAAGCUGAAGCAGCUGGCCCGUCAAGCUUUGGACAGUUGUUUCAGGGCCGAGGGUCUGAAAGAGUCCCAGUCCAGAUCAACUCCAACGGGGCCUCCUGAAGCCAAGCCCAGCGCCGGUUCUGGUUCUGGGGGUCCGGUUCGCCAGUUCUUCCCCCUCGGGCCAGAGUUCAGCCUCCAUGACCGGCCGCCCCCCCAGCCGGUCCGGGCGGUCCAGUCCAGCGAGCCCCAGGGCCAGCGCUACACGUCCGACGAGAUCGAGGUGCUCAGGUCCACGUCCACCAUCAACGGCAUCGCCUUCGUGCCCUUCAUGAGCGUCGACCUCCGGGAGCGCUUCGCCUUCCCUGUCCCGUUCUCGGACAAGAUGGGGAAGCUGGCGCUGUCGCCCAAACAGAAGGCCAUCUUCUCCCGCUGGGUCCGGCCGGACGAGAUCUGCAACAACCCGACCAUGAUCAUGUCCGUGUCCAGCUUCAGCAUCAAACAGACGGUGGUGUCUGACUGCUCCUUCGUGGCGUCGCUCGCCAUCAGCGCGUCCUACGAGAGGCGCUACAGCAAGAAGCUCAUCACCAGAACCCCCCCCAGCGUCAUCUACCCUCAGAACCGCCGGGGGGAACCCGAGUUCAACCCCUGUGGUAAAUACAUGGUGAAGCUCCACAUCAACGGGGUCCCCAGGAAGGUGAUUAUAGACGACUACCUGCCGGUGGACCGUAACGGGGAGCUGCUGUGCUCGUACUCCAGCAACAGGAACGAGCUGUGGGUCUCCCUCAUCGAGAAGGCCUACAUGAAGGUCAUGGGGGGCUACGACUUCCCCGGGUCCAACUCGAACAUCGAUCUGCACGCGCUCACCGGCUGGAUCCCUGAACGCAUCGCGAUGCAUUCGGAUAAUCAGUCAUUCAGCAAGGACGACACGUUCCGGAUGCUCUACCAGAGGUUUCACAGGGGCGACGUCCUCGUCACCACGGCGACGGGGGUGAUGACGGAGGAGGAAGGGGAGAGGUGGGGUCUGGUGCCGACGCACGCCUACGCCGUCCUCGACAUCAGGGAUCACAAGGGCGCUCGUUUCCUGCAGCUGAAGAACCCGUGGAGUCACCUGCGGUGGAAGGGCAGGUACAGCGAGCGGGACGAGAAGAACUGGACGCCAGAACUCCUCAAGUACCUGAACUUUGACCCCAAGACGGCGCAGAAGUUUGACAACGGUGUCUUCUGGAUCUCCUGGGAGGACCUCUGUCAGUACUAUGACGUCAUCUACCUGAGCUGGAACCCCGCCCUGUUCAAAGAGUCCUCCUGUAUUCACAGCAGCUGGGAUGGGAAGCAGGGUCCAGUGAAGGACGUCUACAGUCUGGCCAACAACCCCCAGUUCAAGCUGGAGGUCCAGUGUCCGACGGGGGGGGCCGCCGUGUGGGUGCUGCUCACCAGACACAUCACGGACAAGGAUGACUUUGCCCACAACAGGGAGUUCAUCACUCUGGUGGUGUACCAGACGGAGGGGAAGAAGGUGUACUACCCAGCCGACCCCCCCCCUUACAUCGACGGCAUCCGCAUCAACAGCCCUCACUACCUGACCAAGGUGAAGCUGACCAGUGCCGGAACACACACCUUCACGCUGGUGGUCUCCCAGUACGAGAAACAGAACACCAUCAACUACACACUGAGGGUUUACUCCGGAUGCAAGUUCUCCUUCUCCAAGAUCCUGAAUCCCUUCACUCAAACCAAAAGGGUCAACGGCCAGUGGAAGGGGCCGACUGCUGGCGGCUGUGGGAACUACAAGGACUCGUACAAACACAACCCGAUCUACCAGGUCCAGCUGGAGAGGCCGGGACCCCUGCUGGUGGAGCUCCGAGGGUCCAGGCAGUACAGCGUGGGCUUCGAGGUGGUGACGGUCUCCACGGUGGGGGAACCGGCGCCGGCGGCCCAGAAGAGGAACAGCGGAGAUUACAGGUGUGGUUUCUGCUACAUGGAGGCGGAGCUUGUCCCGGCCGGCCUCUACAACGUCGUCCCCACCACCUUCCUGCCCAAACAGGAAGGACCCUUCUUCCUGGACUUCUCCAGCACCUCGGCCCUCAAGGUGUCCCAGCUCCAGUGACCCCUGACGGUGGGCUUUGGGCCUCCAUCAAACACAGAGACUAGCGGAUGGGUCACGAGCUCCAGCGUGGCUCUGAAGACGCAGCAUGACGAGAAGAAUGAUGAAAAAGAUCAAAGGGAACGAAACGCAUCGAAGAGUUAACGGAACGGAGAGACUUUCAUUCUCUAUAAGAGACGGAGAGAGAGAGAGUUCUCACGAGGAGCGAUGUGACUAACGCUGUCAGAAGAAACUUCUCAGUAUCCCCUCUACGGAGGAAGAAGAAGUGUCAAUAAAAACAUCAAUACAGAUAUUAAAUGAG